AUGGGUCGUUGGAAACACGAGGAUAUAUUCGGCGAGUUCGAUACUGGGUCCAACCACAGCAACUCAUCAUUUUCGGAUGACGAACUCAUCUUCCCCAAAUAUGAUUAUAUGGCAGAUAUAACUCCAACUCGAUUUGCUCCUAACCCGGUGACAUGGGAGCCCUCACCUAUUGGUUUUCAGACCAGAUGUUACUGUGGAAAACCAUCUGUGUUCGUCUAA